UCCUGCCUCAACGUUGACGGUGGGCACAAAUGUUUGCAGUGGCCAGGAAAGUGAAUUGGAAUCGACAGUUGCAAAUGUACUUCCGGAAACAACAUCAGAUGAAAGCGUUGAACUCAACGUGAUGGAAGUUUUAAGAAAGUGUCCUGCAGGAAGACUUAUAAUAAGUGAAUAUCUGGGAAGAGAUGAGGAAUUCAUCACGAGUGAAGAAAGAAUAACAAUUAUUCAAAUUCUGUGUGACCACAUUGUGAAAACGGAUCCAUUACAAUAUUUUUCUUUGACAUCGACGAAGCUGCUUUGGGCUGAAGCAAUAGUGAAAAGUUUUCCUUGUCUAGAAACAAAGGUGACCGAUGCCCAGGGCAAAGUCACUAUGAAUCACGACAUCUACUUUUACCCCAAAGCAGGAGGAUUCAUAGAAAAUAAAUUAAAAGAAAUGCGAAGGAGCAAGGGAAUUCGGAAGAGAAAAAUAUCCUCUCAAACUAGUUCUACACUGAACACAUCCACAGAAAAAAAGACCAAAACUAAAGUUAAGAAGGGAGAAAUUCUCUUAAAAGGGGCAAAUGUGGUUUUUUAUGAGUCUGUCAUGGUAUCGAUGGUUUCUUGGUUGAAAGUACAUGGGCCUUCUAUCACAAAUAAAGCCAAGAUCCAUGAGUAUAUGGAGAGUACAUUUGAUUACCGGGAGCAGCAAAUUUCUGUAACCUUAACGUCCGCUUCUCAAAUUUUCGAAGAAUAUCCACGUUACGUGGAUUUUGAAAACGGAUCUUUGAUAUUGCACGAUUUUUAUCGAAAAUAUAAGGACGCACACUUCUGCUUGGAAACGCGUUUCUUCGGACGGUUCCAGAACGCUUUGGUUGGAUUAGCGGAAAGGAAAAAAUGUUUGAAAAAUAUCAGCGCUUGCAAUCAAUCAUUUGCAAACUUCCUCGACAAUGUUGCAGCAGCAACAAUUCCGCAGUCCCUCGAACAACAGCAGCAAAGUUAA